AAAGAAAAAACACUAUAAACGAAACACGAUCAUCUCGAAGGAAUAACGAACGGUGCAAUGAGCCUGAAAACGAGAGGAAUUGUCUUUGCCACCUUUUUCGGUAGCUGUUUGAUCGUGGGUUUGCUGGUGGCAGCACUAACGACCGACAACUGGGUGCAGGCUAAUGCCAAACGGUACAAUUCGAGUGAAUCGCAAGGACGAAUCAACUUUGGGUUGUUUAGCGGUCAGAAGCAUUUGAACGUAGCGUAUGGCUGGCGGAGACAUGAUGUAGAUGUGCUUGCCGUGUUGCAGGAGGAACCGGAUGUCAUGAGCUACUGGUUGUGGCUUGGAACAGCCAUCGGCACUGGACUAGGAGCGCUGGGUGGUGCGGUUGGUGCUGUAGCCUCCGUUCUCAAAUCAUCAUCCGCAUCGAAGAAAACCGGCACCAUGGUGGUGCUAUUCGCUGCCAAUAUCCUUUCCGGACUUUCGCAGGUUUUGUCGUUUGUUUGCUGGCUGCUCCAGUUCCUCCAAUAUCUCAAGCACAACGUUCUGGUAAUGGAAGACCGCGACAACAACUGGUACAGCAACGGGCUAGCUUAUCUGAGUACCAGCUUUUAUUUCGUUGUGGCCGGCCUUGUUAUUGUUGUGAUCAACAUUACUCUUCUGAUUGUGGCCACUAGCAUGGAGAAGCGGGAACGGACUCGGGUACUGGAAGUCCCAACAGACGAGAAAACUCAAGGAGCGAUUAUGCUUUAUUGAACAAAAGGAAUCUACCGUCCACAGGUCAGAACAAUAUACUCUGGUGAAUAAUUUUGGAUUUGGAAACGAACUCAACGUAACUCAAGUUAGCCAUAUGUUGGAACUAAAGAUGAAAAUCAUUUUUAAUUUAGAAUUUAGUGCGUAGUUAAGAAAAGUGCGUCAGAACUCGAACUUGUAAUUUUAUUUUUAAAUAAAAUCAUCUUACAAACUGAAAUAAAACAUCUAAAACAAUAA